AUGUUUGCUGUGGUGAGAUACGGAGCCAACUGCCAAGAGCUGGUGAACCUGCAGUGCCGGGUCCUCAUCCUCAUGGCGCACCUGAAGAGGAAGUGUCAGUGCAGACCAGAAGAUAACAUUGAUCUUCUGGAUGAAUCAGGGGCUCUGAUGAACCUGAGCAAAGUAGAAAAUUCUGCAUCUGUAUUUGCCAGUCAAUACCUGCGGGAAAGACAGCGCUAUAUCCUCAUCAAAGUCAUCCGAGAAGAAAGCACUGAAGCCACCUGCUAUGAAUCCUUGCUGGAGAACCUGGGGAAACACUAUCCUGACCUCGCAGAUCUGCUGCAGAAGCUGUCAGCAAACCCCCAGCUGAGAGACCCGUGGAAGAGGGGCCCCAUGCAGAGGAGGGCUCAGUCCCACUGCACCCCAGCCAGGCCCAGGCCCACCCCACAGAGCAAGAGGAGCUCAGAGCUGAGGGGCACCCCAAGGUGA